CGCCAAAUGGAGUAAUUACGCCAAAACAACGUGAUGGAGUUGUAUAUAAGGAAGACAUGAGAAUGACCAGAAUAUCGUUUAUCGGACAAGCUCACCAGCUCAAUAGCCAUCCUCACCUCUAGACUCACAUUCAAAUCCCUUCUCUACUGGACCUGGCUUACACGACUUACAUCAUGUCUACCACAACUUUUACCUCAACAGCCACAACGAUUUCUUCAGUAACGGCGACUUGCACGACUGCUGUACCUGGGAAAUAUGGCCGUGUUCCUGUAGAUGCGUGCAACGCCAACUAUUUCUUCGAUCCCAGCUUUGCUGCCAAUCUUGCCUUUUGUGUGCUCUUUGGUAUGACGACCAUGGUCCAUCUCAUACAAGCAAUUCUCUUCAAGAAGAAAUUCUGCUGGGUAGCCAUCAUGGGUGCAGCUUGGGAAACCAUUGGAUUUGCUUUCAAGACCUUAGGAAGUAGGGAUCAGCAGAACACGACAUAUGUUAUCUUGGGUCAACUGUUCUUUCUUCUUGCUCCUCUCUGGGUCAAUGCUUUCGUCUACAUGGCCGUCGCACGCAUGGUGUAUUUUCGUAUGCCAGACCGAAAACUCCUGGGUAUCAAGGCCAUCCGCAUGACACUCCUCUUCGUCUGGCUCGAUAUCAUUCUGUUCCUGGUCCAGGGAGCCGGUGGAAGUAUGCUCUCUAAUAACGAGGAUAUGAAUGUGAUUCGCAUCGGACAGAAAGUUUACAUGGCUGGUGUUGGUCUGCAGCUUGCUGUCAUUCUGAUUUUCAUUGGUAUCACUGCUUUCUUCUACUUCAAGCUUCGACAACUCGAGGGCCGAAGUAUGGGACACAUGAAGUGGCUCAUCUUGACUAUGCUUACGGUUCUCAUUCUCAUUGUGAUCCGAAUUGUGUAUCGUCUGAUCGAAUUUGGUCCUGGUGUCAAUGAGCACAACCAACUUUUGAUUCAUGAAGAGUAUCCACUGGGUCUCGAUGCAACUCCGAUCUUGAUCGCCCUCGUAUUGCUCAACAUCAUGCAUCCUGGCUUCGUUCUUCGGGGACCCGAUAGUGAAUUUCCCAAGCUCUCUCGCAAGGAGAAGAAGGCGAUCAAGCAACAGAAGAAGAUGGAGAAGAAGCAAGCUAAAGAGACCAAGAAAGCCCGCAAGACGGGUGCCCAGGAACUCAAGAAUUUGUCUUAUGAGGGACAGUCUAACAGUAGUCGUGAGCUCGUCUAGGAAGACGCCAGUAUCUUUGUGGUGUUAUUGGUUACAUCACGGCUAGUCGUGUUGGUUUUGUUUGAAAAGGAUUAUGUACGCUCGUGGCACAGAAUGGCUUGGAUCUUGAGGAGUUAUGGCAUGGUAUAGGGUCUUGUCUUUCGCGGAAUGUACGGAUAGGAAGGAAAUGUGCUGGCAGCAAUAGAGUGGAGGAAUAAAUGAUGUUCUAUGCAUAUUCUUUUGUACCCUGGCC